AUGGACAAUCGAUGUGGACAGAAAGAUAGGAAUGUUGAACAGCUGAUCUGUGAAAAUGCCUUAAAAUUUGUUGGUGACUCUACUACCAGUCCAUUUGUUACUGAUCUGCUUGUAGAGCAUGCAAUGCACUUGGUUGUCGAUCAUCGUCAAAGCAGGUGGAUUGCAAAGCCGAUAAAUGCCUCCUUUCUAAUGCAUUUUACCAAGAAAUCUAAAAUGCAAAAGAAGAGGAACCAAAACAGGAAAUUGUGGAAUCAGCUUGGUGAAAUCUCAGAACAAUUCCAAGCUUAUUUCUGUCCCGAACACCACCAAUUUUCUACUUUUCUCUUUAAUAAAGCAAUGGAUUUAUCUUCACCGCUUCAGGCACAAGUGAAAAUGCUUUUAUUUCAGCUGACAAAUUUAGAUUUGCCAGGAAUGUUUGAGGAAAGUUGCUGA